CCCUCUCCUCUGCCUUCUGACAAGUAAGUGCUCAAAGGACCCUGGAAGCUGUCUAGCAGGAACAACAUGGCCCUGGCCAGAUGGUUCACCUUAGCCAUCUGCAUCUUCGAAAUCAGCACUCUGCUUGUAGAGCCAUCUUCAAGUUCAGAGCCAAGGCAAGAAGAUGACUAUCCACAGCCUAUAGACCCUAUAGACUGUAGAAUGAGCCCAUGGGGUGAGUGGUCCCCCUGUGAUCCUUGCCUCAAACAAAGGUUUCGCUCAAGAAGCAUUGAAGUCUUUGGACAAUUUAAAGGGAAGAGUUGUCAUGAUGCUCUGGGAGAUAGACAAGCAUGCGUGCCCACUGGGGCUUGUGCAGAGGCCAAGGAUGGCUGUGGAAAUGACUUUCAAUGUGGUACAGGCAGGUGCAUAAAGAGGCGACUUCUUUGUAAUGGUGACAAUGACUGUGGAGACUUUUCAGAUGAGGAUGAAUGUGACAGUGACCCCCGUCUGCCCUGUCGUGACCGAGUGGUAGAGGAAUCUGAACUGGCGCGAACAGCAGGCUAUGGGAUCAACAUUUUGGGAAUGGAUCCCCUAAGCACACCUUUCGACAAUGAGUUCUACAAUGGGCUCUGUGACCGGGUUCGAGAUGGAAACACGUUGACAUAUUACCGGAGACCUUGGAACUUGGCAUUUCUAGCGUAUGAAACCAAAGUUGAUAAAAAUUUCAGGACUGAAACUUAUGAAGAAGAGAUUUCAAUAUUCACUAGAGUCAUGCAAGAGAAGAUGUCAAGUUUCAAUGCAAAUUUGGCUAUAAAAUUAACACCCACUGAAGCAAAUGAUGAUAACAAGGAAGAAACAACUGAAAAAGCACAGUCCUCAAACUCUGAUUAUUUCUCCAGUGCUUUUCGAUUUUCAUAUUUCAAAAAUGAGACUUAUAAACGAUUGUGGUCUUAUUCUUCACAGAAGGGAAAACAAUUUCUGCAUGUGAAAGGAGUUGUUCAGCUGGGAAGAUUUUUGAUGAGAAAUCGUGAUGUUGUGCUGACACAAACUUUCCUAGAUGAUAUAGAAGCUCUGCCCACCACCUAUGAAAAGGGAGAAUACUUUGGGUUUUUGGAAACGUAUGGAACCCACUACAGUAGUUCAGGGGUUCUAGGAGGACUCUAUGAACUAGUGUAUGUUUUGGAUAAAGCCUCCAUGAAAAAGGAAGGUGUUGAAAUAAGCGAUAUAAAAAGAUGUCUCGGGUACAAUCUGGAUGUAUCUCUCAGUCUUCCUGAAGUUGGACUUGAAGGCAAAGGAGAAGUUAAUAAGAAUGAUUGUGUGAAGAGCGGCCGGGGUAGAGUGGUAAACAUCACCCGUGACAACCUCAUUGAUGAUGUGAUUUCACUCAUAAGAGGAGGGACUGGAAAAUCUGCAUUUGAACUGAAGCAGAAGCUUCUCAAGGGAGCCAAGGCAAUUGAUGUGACUGACUUUGUAAAUUGGGCCUCUUCCUUAAGUGAUGCUCCCGUGCUCAUUAGUCAAAAACUAUCUCCUAUAUAUAAUCUGGUUCCUGUGAAAAUAAGAGAUGCACAUGUAAAGAAACAAAAUUUGGAAAGAGCCAUUGGAGACUAUAUUGAUGAAUUCAGUCCAAGAAAAUGCGUGCCAUGCCAAAAUGGAGGCACUGUGAUUCUCCUGGACGGACAGUGCGUGUGCUCCUGCCCAUCCAUCUUUAAGGGACUUGCCUGUGAAACCAAGAAGCACCAACUGCCUUAGGAAUCAUCAGUCCUUCCUUGUUUAAAAAAAAUGGAGCUGUGGGCUUCCCUAGACCCAGACAAGGAAAAUAAUAACAGACAUUUCCAAGUUAAGUUUCUACCACCGGACAUCAUCUUUGCUGAGAAGUAAAAAGUGACACGUUUGAUGAAAAUUCUACCAACCCCUGCAGUCUUCGGUCUUGUAGGUCUACAAUGCCUGUUUUUCUCCUUUUAAACUCCUAUAAUGUUCCCAUUUUUUAUUCUCUCAUGAAAAGUCAGCAGUAAAAUAUUCCAGGACAGUCUUUUUCCCACAGGCAAUGCCAAUCUCUUGCUAAUAAAAUAAAACUAAAUUAAAAACAGAAUGUUGGUUUAAAA